ACUCUCGGAGUAGCUGUUGCGACCGUAGGAAUGGUGUUCUACAACUCUCUCAAACUGCCAUCGCCUUUGUCCCUGAAAAAAGAAUCCAGCUAUUUUCUGAUAUACGAAGCCAGUACGGCAAUGGGAAUCAUGGCCAUCCGGAUGGCGCUGAUGUCUGGGUUCUCGCCCAUAGCCUUAUGUUCUCCUCGGAACCACGAUCCAGUCAAGUCACUCGGAGCCGUCGCUACGUUUGACUACCAUUCGCCCUCGUGCGGCAGCGAAAUUCGCGACUUCACAAAUAACACGCUAGUAUACGCUCUUGAUUGCAUCGCCGACACAGGGUCAAUGACCAUCUGCUACCAAGCGAUCAGAGACGCAGGCGGGCACUAUCUGAGCUUGGAACCUUUCCCCACUCGCUGCCACACGCGGAAGAGCAUCAAGCGAAACUGGAUAAACACGUUGACGAUGUUUAACCAAGCAGUUAAAUGGCAAAUCGGAUAUCGUAAGGACGCGAAGCCCAGGGAUCGUGCGUUUGGGAAUGAAUGGUUUAGAACCUCACAGAAUCUACUAGACAAUGAUCAUAUCAAGCCUCAUCCUUUCAGGGAGAUAACAGGCGGGCUGGACCCCAUUGUCGAUGGAAUAACACAAGUGCGAAAGUCGGAAGUGUCAGCGAUGAAGCUGGUUUACACAAUUUGA